GCAGCACAAAGACGGAGGCGAGAGAGAGAGAGGGAAGGAGAGGGAACAAGUGAAAGAUGUGUCGGAGAUAGCGUAGCGAGCGAUGAUAUGAGAAAGAUGUGUGUGGGAAGGAGGGACGGAGGAGGAAGGGUAAGAAAAGAGAGGAGAAGGGAAGAGAUGAGAAGCGAGGGCGGAAUGAUGAAGGGUGUGAAGGAGGGGAGGAAGGGGGGAGGGGGAGGGCCACCUUGGCACUGAGCGCCCAACUCGCCUCAGUUGCCCGGGCGACACGGCACGAGGAGGUUGUGGCCCCGUCCUCGCGCCGGUCUGGCCUCGCAUCUGGCCCAGGCGACGCUCCGGGACAUCGCCACAGCCUCCAGCCCCGGAAAAUGACAAACUAACAGUGACUCAGGUGUUAACUGUGCAUGCGGCGGAGAGACACAGCUGAACAUGUAGAGUGGAACGCACACACGCACGCACAGGGUGAAGGCGGCGCCAUGGGCGUGGGGGCGUGCGAAGUAGACGUGGCCAUGUGGGCGAGGACGCGAGUGGUGUUAAGCUGCCGCGGGCGCUGAUGGCCACCCCCACGCCGCCCAUGUCACAGCUCUGGCUCAACACAAGCGUCACAGAAGCGAGCGCCGUGGAGGACGUGAUUGCUGCAGCCGCGGACGCUUCUCCCCAGACUGACGAGGGAGGGAACGGAUCCUUGGCGUGGGAGGGCGGAGGAGGCGGAGCUGCGGCUGUGUGGGAGAGUGUGGCCGUGCUGGUGGUGAAGGCCUUCCUGAUGGGCAGCAUCAUCCUGGUGUCGGUGAUGGGCAAUGUCUUGGUCAUUGUCAGCAUCGGCCUCAAUCACAAGUUGCAGGUCCUCACCAACUACUUUUUGGUGUCGCUCGCCAUCGCGGACAUGUUAGUGGCCUCCUGUGCCAUGACUUUCAACGCCUCCGUCGAGCUCUCGGGUCGUUGGCUCUUCGGCUAUAUCAUGUGUGAUCUAUGGAACUCAUUCGAUGUGUACUUCUCUACUGUGUCCAUCUUGCACCUGUGUUGCAUUAGUGUUGACCGGUACUACGCCAUCGUGAAGCCCCUCGAGUACCCGCUGUACAUGACCAAAGGGGCCGUGAUGUUCAUGCUGGCCAACGUGUGGCUCGCGCCCACCCUCAUAUCCUUCGUGCCCAUCUUCUUCGGCUGGUACGCCACCGCCGACCACCUGCAACACCGCGCCCUCAAGCCGGAUGUGUGCACCUUCGAGGUCAACAAAGUGUACGCCAUCCUGUCCUCUGCGUUCUCCUUCUGGAUCCCGUGCACCGUGAUGGUGGUGCUGUACUACCGCAUCCUGCUGGAGGCAAGGAAGCAGGAGGCGGCCAUCCUCAGCCGCACCAACAGCACGUGCACCAUCAACAACGUGCAGAGGGGCUUCCCGUCGUCCACCGCACAGCAGAUCCUGGCUGCCUUCAGGUCCAGGAAAAGACCCAAACUGAGGAAGAGGAAAGAGAAGAACUGCGACAGGCAGGAGUUCCAGCUGGGCCCAGUGCCUCGCAUCUCACGCUCAGACAUAAGUAAUGAGCCCAGACCAGGGGGCUUCCGGAAGCCUUCCGUCAUCUGUACUCAAGAGCACAGUACAAACACUAGGAAAGCCAGCAAACACUUGCUGAACGACACCUCCCAGCUCGGCCCGCCGGCCCUCCCGGACACGUCAAGCUCCCUGGAGGUGAGCCCCAGGACGAUCAGUCCGGACUUAUCGUUCAAUGAAGAGAUAGACGACCGGGUGGACACGAGCCCCACGCUCAAGGCACACCACUCCCGCAGCAGUUCUGUCAGCAUCAACGGCCACACGGGCAGCGGCCUGCCGGUGCGUGUCAUCAGUCCGGUGCCCUUCGGCAGGAGAGAGUCCCUGAUGCCCCCCACCAACCUGCAUUACGCGGGCAGCAGCUGCAGUGACCGGCACAGCGGCAGCCACCCGGUGAUGCGGCGGGAGCACAAGGCGGCUCGCACGCUGGGCAUCAUUAUGGGCGCCUUUAUCCUGUGCUGGCUGCCCUUCUUCACCUGGUACGUGGCUGUCACCAUCUGCGGGGACGGCUGUCCGUGUCCGCAGGCCGUGGUCACCACGCUCUUCUGGAUCGGCUACUUCAACUCCACCCUCAACCCCUUCAUCUACGCUUACUUCCGGCAAGACUUCCGAGACGCGUUCAGAAAGACGCUGCGGCAGCUCAAGUGUUGCAAGCGGGACGACGACCUGCCUGGGGCCUUCGUCUGACCC